GAGAGAGAGAGAGAGAGAGAGGAGACGAGAGUACGAGACCACCGUCGCUUCUCCCGCUCCCUCCUCGAGCUGGUCCUCCUCUCCGGCUCCCCCCGAGAGAGAGAGAGAGAGAGAGAGAGAGAGAGAGAGAGAGGGGAGGUUCACUGGUUCUAGGUUGUUCUUGGAUGUGACCACACCCGCGGGGGCGGCGUCGUGCUACCUCUGCCCGCGCUCUGGAGCUAGCGCCUACCGGGAUCAUAGGCCGGUGCAGCCUUUUCCUGCUUCCGCUCCCCUUCCUCCCACCCCAGCCCAGCGCCGUGGCGCGCCCACAGGAAGAGGAGGAGGAGGAGGAGCGUUGGAGGUUGUCGCGCGCCCGCGGAGGCGGAUUUCUCCGCCAAAAAGGACUGAGUAAUGUGCUUUAAGCCUUUAAGGAGUUACAGCAAUGGCGUCAUUGGUACCUGGUGUCCUCGUGAAGCUCCUUCAGCAUAUGAAUACCGAUGUUAAGGUUGCAGGCGAGCACCGGUCGUCCCUUCUUCAGGUUGUCAGCAUCGUUCCGGCACUUGCGGGGAGUGAUCUUUUCACCAAUCAAGGAUUCUACCUGAAGGUGUCUGAUUCGUCCCAUGCCACUUAUGUUUCCCUUCCAGAUGACCAGCAUGAUCUCAUCUUGAGUGACAAGAUUCAGUUAGGACAGUUCAUCCAUGCAGACCGCCUGGAGGCAGCCACUCCGGUACCCAUCCUAAGGGGAGUUCGCCCAGUUCCUGGCCGCCAUGCUUGUGUUGGCAAUCCUGAAGAUCUUGUGGUAACUAGCUCAAAUUUUCUAGGCAGUAAAAAGGCAGGCACAACUAAUGGAUUUAAAACAACAAAUGGAUUGAAGACAACAAAUGGGUUGAAAGAUACCAGCAGCUUGUCACUAGAAAAGGAAAAGGGAAAGUUAGGGAAAAUAAAUGCUUCCCACAAAACUAUUGGGGCAGAGAAUAAGAAACCGCUGCUCACCAAAUCAAACUCAUCACUGUCAAAGCAAGCCUUGAAUGGUCUUGGUGAUAAGAAGGAAGGAAUUAAGUCAAAGGCGAAACCUGCUAGCAGUAGAUCAACACCUUCAUCUCCAACAAGUGUCUACUCUCUGCCUGCAUCAUUUGAGAGGUUCUCUAGUGGUCUAAAACAGAGAAACACAAUAAAAGGACCCGAGAAAGCAUCGUCUUCUAGAGUUUCCUUGUUAGAAAAGGCAGCCUCUGUUUUGAAGGUUACUACGGCAGGAAGGAAGUCAUCAGCAGCUAACUCAAUAAGUAGUUCCAUGUUGAGUAUUGGAUCAGGUCCAAAGGCACUGAGAAGAAGCUGGGAAGGAAAGGUGGAUACAAAAGGAAAAAACAAUUUAGAUUCAAAGACGAGCAAACCUGACAAAAAGCCUGAGAACAGGGGCUCAAUGACUCCUAGACGAAAACCACCUGUGGAUGAGAGGGUGCAACAUAAAGAUGAUAGUAAGCUUCAGAACGUUGCUAGGAAGAGCACGACUAAUGCUCCUUCAGAUGAUGUUGACAAAGCAAUGAAGAAGCAUCCUCCUACGGUAAAGCGGACAUCUGGGACCAUAAGCAAUCCAAAUGCUACAAAUUUAGUCAAGGUUCCCCCCAACAUAAAAAAACUGACAGAUGCUAGCAAUGCAUGGACAUCACUUCCUCCAUCACUUGCUACAUUAGGAAAGGAGCUCCUGAAAUACAGGGAGUCGGCACAAAUGGCUGCUAUUGAAGCCAUGCAGGAAGCUUCUGCUGCAGAGAGCUUGCUCAGAUGUUUGAGCUCGUACGCGGAGGUGAGCUCGUCGGCGGAGGAGCAGAACCCGCAGCCGGCGGUCGAGCAGUUCCUCGCCCUCCACACGGCGCUGUCCCGCGCCACGGUGAUCACGGACACCCUUGCGAAGUCGUCUGCGGCAUCUGUAUCGUCGCCGGACCGCUCGGCGGCCAGUGACGCCGGGACGGUGGUAUCGACCACCGACGAGGAGACCGCCGCCCUCGCGGCCGAGCGCCGCCGGCGGGCUACAUCAUGGGUGAGCGCUGCGCUUGCCAUGGACCUCUCCGCCUUCGGCCUCUACAACCUUAAGCCAGUCCCGGCGACGAUCUCGUCGCCGCUGGCCGUGCUCGUCGUGGACGAGUCGACGAAGCCGGCCGCAGCGGCAGCGGCCACCGCUGUGAAGUCCUCGCCGGCGAAGUCGCGGAUGUCCCCUGCGAAGGGGAAAGUGAGGACGGGGCCAGGGGCUGCGGCGGCGGCGACCACGGCGCCUCCGGCGCUGCCGGAGUGGGAGAAGGGCGUAGGCGCGGAGGAGAGGGUGGAGCUGGCGAGGCGGCUCGGCGACGAGUCCAGGGGCUGGUUCCUCGGGUUCGUGGAGCGCUUCCUGGACGCCGACGUGGCGGCCGCGGCGCCGUGGGACCGCGAGCGCGCGGCCAGGAUGCUCCCGCAGCUGAAGCGAGUCAACGACUGGCUCGGCGAGAUCGGGAAGCGCGGCGAGGCGCCUCCGCCGCCGCAGCCUGACGCCGACGGAGAAGCCGCUCCCGCGGCCGCUGCCCCCGCGGGAAACGGCAGCUGUACCGUUCCCGGCGAGACGAUCGAGCGGCUAAGGAAGAAGAUCUACGAGUACCUCCUCACCAACGUUGACUCGGCCGCCGCAGUGCUCGGCGGUGGCGCGGCUUCCGCGCCGGCGCCGGCGGCGCCGGCGAACGCGAAGAAGGGGUGACGCGGCGCACGAAUCUUGACGCGGUGGGUUUGGUGGGCCUAAUUGGGCCGGUAAUAGCGUGUGAUUUGAUUGGGCCAGCGAACGGGCUCGGCCACCUAGCUAAUUUAGCUUUCAUUUUGGGCUUUUUCUUUCUCUCAUCCUCUAUUUCUUUUUCUCUUUUUGCGAUUAUUAUUUCCUUUUUGUUACAGAAGAAAAAAAAGGGUGAUGACGAAUUGACCUGUAUUUAUUACUGACAUCGAUUGGGUAACUCUGGAUUGUGAGUUACACCACUCGAUGGAUGGACGAACGGAUAUUGGGAUGGAUGGUGUUCUCCGAUUUUUCUUUUUUGAGGUUGGAAAGUGAUUUGUGUUCAAACGGCAUCGACUUUCUCGCGAAUUCUGCUGUCCAUUUAGGGGUUGUUUAGUUCCC